AUGGGUGCCCUUGCCUCCAAACAGCCUUACUCCUAUCAAGGCUGCGGUGCGGUCACCGACGCGGCCAACAUUUUAGACCUUCAGUAUGACAAUCCGACGAGCAACGGCCCUACAGAAUGCCAGAAUACAUGCAUCGCUAACUCGCGUGCUGCGUCACUACUACUCGAUGGGAAGUGCUACUGCUCCAAGGACGGUAUAACCAGCAUCGAGUUUGCCGCCGAUCCUCCCCCAGACGAACAACUUUGCACCAUCUCAUGUAGCGAAGUACUACCGCCGAUUAUUUCUGGGCUUCCCCCUAUCAGUCUCCCGUGUGGUGGCUAUGACAAUGGGGUUCCACACCUCGUCGAGUGCGUCGCCAACCUCCACGAUUACUUCUGCAUCAUCCCCGGUUGUGACAACAACCUUUCAAACGACAUCUGGCACGACUUCCACGUCUAUCAGCCCUUCAACUUCCCCCACAUCAACCUCUUCAACUUUCUCCUCCACUUCAUCAUCAUCCUCGGACUCUCCUUCCUCGACAUCAUCUGUAACCUCCUCUUCCACGUCUUCAUUCUCAGAUACAACUUCAUCGGCGUUACCUUCAACCCUCUCUUCUACAACAGCGUUACCCUUAGAUUCUUCUUCGUUGACGUCAACUUCCACCCUAUCUUCUACCUCAUUGUUGUUCUCGAAUUCUCCUUCUUCGACAUUGUCUUCAAACUUCUCUACACCAUCAUCCUCUACAAUUUCUAUGCCGACAAUAGUCCGACGAAAACGUCCGCUUCUAGCCUGGCUUCGACCAGCACGCCCUCGACGACAAGUGAACCAACUCCUACCAGCCCAGCCUCGACUACGAGUACUACAGCCAGUUCUUCCUAUAGGACAACAAUUAGUGGUACGACGAGCAGUAGCGCAACAGCCACCACUUUGUCGGAUACAUCGAGGGACGGGCUCUCUUCGUCUACCACAGUUAUCACCGCAAGUGAUCCACCUUUCUCCAACACUACGAUCUCCACCACUCGAACCUUCACUCUCCCUUCGACUGGCAGUGCAGACAGCUUGUUAUCGUCUACUGCCACUAGUCUCAUCAGCACCGGCACAACAGUCUCACCCUCUUUGAUCGGACUUCCCUUCCAUUUGCAGGUUAUCCCGCCGACCGGCCUGUCUCGCAAAUAG